GCUGUGCUUUUGACAAUUUUGACAGUUGUUUGAUAACAUGUCGCUACGAUUUUGACGUUUUCAAACAGAAAUUACUCUAAAUAAAAUAUGGAAAUCAAAGUAGUUGGUUCCUGAUUAUUUCUUUUCUUUGAUUUGAGUAAAUAUUAACAAAAACGGUUCCAAUAAUGUCUGACUCCUUGGAGGAACUUAGAGAAAGUUGUAAUAGUAGAGAUGAUAAGGUUAAACCCCAUGAAUAUCAUGGUCUAGAAAGUCAAAGUGGUGAAUUGGAUUUCAACACCAAGGCCAUUACUCACUUAGAACCACUCAUUGAAUUUGUUUAUGAUGAAUCAGAAAGUGGUCAAUAUAACGAUAAGGAAUAUACUCAGGUUUACAUUCAACAAUUUGAUGUGCCGAAUAGUAUUCAAGAUGUAUCGGGAGUUCCAACAAAUGAAGAUAAUUCAACUUUGAUACAGCCAUUAAUGCCAUUCUAUCUUACCACUUCUGACAUAACUGAAAUGGAUGAUAAUGAAGAUAAAAAUGAAAUUGAAACAAUAAUUCUUCAAGUAGACAAAGAAGAUGAAGACUCAGAAGUAAAAAGAGAUCUUAUGUCAGAAGAGGAAAGAGAUUGGAGGUUACAGUUUCUUCUUUGUUCGCCCAAAAAAGACUCUGCAUUAGAUAAAUUCACAUGUGAUGUGUGUUCUCAAAGUUAUGGUUGUUUUAAUUGUUUAAAAUCUCAUUACGAAACCAUGCAUCUGGGUUAUAAUUAUGUAUCCCAAUAUAGAUGUAAAAAUUCCAAGUUUACAACUAAGGGUCUGUGUUGUCCGGUUUGCGAACUUUUCUUUGAAAACAGAAAUGAUAUGAUAGAUCAUUAUAUUACUCAUGCAGUGGCUUGUGAUAUUUGUGGUUCUGGAUUUGACAGACAAAAACAUCUAACGGAGCACCGUAGGAAAGUGCACAAUAAAGGAGAUUUUGAUGUAUUGUACGAUUGUGAAAUAUGUAGAGUUAGCCAUCAGUAUCCAAGUGGUUUGACCAAACAUUACCAGAAAGUCCAUAAACUUAUUUUAUGUAUAGAAUGCAAAUCAAACUUCACAUCAGUGGAGGAUCUACAAGAACACGAAAAUACUCAUAGACAGAAAAUAGAUGUGUUACCAUAUGCCUGUAGUAAAUGUGACAGAGCAUUUGCUCAAAUUUCAGAAAUUGCUGUUCAUAUAAGGAUGGAUCAUACUCGUAAGAGGAAAGUAGAAAAGAAAAUUGAAAAGUGCGUUAAAUCUGUGUUUGUAAUUGGCCCAGUUAAUGAAAGUAUAAAUUUGGGGAAACGAAAAGUUAUUAGAGUGAAAAGACAUUAAUUAAUUUAAUUUUUAAUAGGAAAUUAGAAAAAUGAAAAAACUGAUCGACUAAAAUAUUUGAAUAAUUUUUUUUGUUGGGAAUGCAAAAAUGUGUUUAUGAAAUUAUGGCAUUCUUAUUGUAUCUACAAAAAAAAUAUUGUUCAUCAUUGUAGAUUCUUAUAACAAAUGGUCAGAAGUAUUGUGCUUGUUAUGAUAAAUGUUUUUGAAUUUCAGUUUGGUCUAUUCAUAAUUUAAAUGAAUCCAAGAUACCUCGUGUAUAUUGUGAGGCGAAUUUAAUAAAGCUGGUGAGGAACUACCAAUUCCAUACCAAGUAGGUUCCAUUGGAUUAAUGUAAAGGCUCUUAAUUGACUGAUUUUGUAUCUCUUAACAUAGUUAUAAAUGAAGAGGAAAUAUACUCCGAAACGUAACUAAUGCUUCUACAAUGUACCUACGAGCGUUGGGAUAACCUUUUUUAUGAUCGGUCCUUUACAGGGAAUAGUACCGGUUAUAAGGGUAAAAAAUUACCCAUAAUUAAAUAUUUUUUCAUCCCGUUUUAUUUUAUAGAGGGCGUUAAAGUUGAGACUGCGAAAGUGAUAGCCUCUCACUGCGCUGAGAUAAUCUCGAAUUUGGUAAAUAUAAAACAAAAAAAUCAAAAAGCUUCUUAAUGAGGAAGGUAUCGUAAUUGACCACCUUUGAUUAAAAAGUUGAAAAAGAAAACCACAUGGUUGUUAAAAAUAAUAUAUUAACUUUUUUCACUUUUUAUCUCAUGGCAAGUUUUUUUUUCAGUUUUUUUACGAUUUUCUGAAAUUUCGGUAAAAUAUAACAAAUUAAAUAAAACGCACAAAGAAUUGAAAAAAAAUUGUGGUUACAAAAAAAAACACGUUUUUUGAAAGUAAAAGGAUACGAAUAAUAUGAAAAAAUCAAUUUUUUGUAAAUUACAACCGGUACUAGUCCUUUAAUCUCUUCUAUAUACUGGGACACAUCAAUAAUUGCCAACUAGGCAAAAUCUAGACUCAUCCGGGAAUAUUAUAUAAAAUCAACCUCCAGUCCAAAUAAACUCUAAAAAAUUGUAUUAGUGUUCUUGGAUGUACUGGAGGUUAACAGAAAUUUACUUGGAGACAUCUUAAUCUUAUCCUCAUUGUAUCCUUGCAUAUUUCUUGUUGACAGUAAUACACAAAGUUUUAAAGAAGCAUAUAGGCAUAAUAAAGCUUUGUCUUAGCGCCAAUGUUGAAAAAAAUAGUCUUGAUUUGUAUCAGUAAUACAUCCUGACCUUUGGUGUCCUUCCCUCUCUUCAAGCAUUCCUGAUUCUCUAAAAAUCGAAUAUUGUGCCACUUGUUCUUUAGAGAAGCAUUUUCCUAUCAAUACAAUAGCCACAGCUCACUUUCUGGCAACAAAAUUGAGUCAAAAAAAACUUAAGAUGUUAUUCUUUCAUUUUUACUCGAAAGUGUACGUAAGCCGAGGAUAACUACAAAUAUUGUAUUUGUCAGUUCUGUUACAUUUUUCUAGUUUCCAAAUUAUAUAAUGUCAUAUCAUCGACUUAGAUUUUUGAUAAAAGUAGUAUUAUAUAAAAAAUUAUGGGCUGCAUGUUUUGAUAUUGUUUUAUUGGUACAAUAUUUCAAUUUGCAAUUAUGAUUUUCAUGAUGUACUAAAUAUUGUUUAGACAACAUGUUGUAUUUUCAUAGAUUUCACAUGUGGUAUCUGUAUUUUUCGUUAAUACGUUUGUUGUUUUUAUUUGGUAUUUCUUAUGUUUAAUGAAGUAAUUCGUUCUUUCAAGUACUGGAUUUAUAGAGUUUUUCAAUUAUGUAACUUUUUUUAAAUAGUAAUUCAUCCUCCACUACUAUAUUUAAUUAUUGAAACUAUCUUUGUCGAUGGGAUGUAACAUAUCUAAACAUGGCUGUUGUAAAAAAUCAUUGGUGCUGAAAAGCUAAUUUUUCAUUUAGUUAGACAUUAUAAAUUGUGAAGAGACUAUUGCAGCAGAACACAUCAUGACAAAAAGAUUUCUAUUCUGAUGAGUGUUUUGGGUCAUUUAGGAUUUGCCUCCACCAAUGGAGGACCAAGAGCAAACUGAUCACAGAAAUGAUGAAUUACAUUUUUACAGAAAUAAUAAAUUUUUGAAGUCUCUUUAUUAUUGUCAAUUUUUGCAUUUUAAUGCUUUAGAACACCCUAGAGACCAAAAAAAUAGGUUUUUUGAAGCUUUUUUUUCAGAAAUACUACAGAAUAAAUCGAGAUAACAGUAACAUAAUUUUAUUCUACAUAUCAGUGACUGUUUACAGUAAUUUUUUUGAAGGUAUUCAUUUCAAAAUGGCUGCUGUGAAGCUCCUGUAAUUUUUUAAAUCGUAAUGAGCCAAUGAACUUUUUUGAUUAUCUGUUAUAGAAGUGUGUAGGAUUUUUGCGAUAUAUUGAUUUUUGGCCAAAUGGCACACUUCUAAAAAAGUGAAAACAAAAAAAAAAUCGUCAGAUAAUUGUGAAUAACAAGUUGACUGUGCAAGAUAAAGAAAAACUAUGUACUUCGAAAGUCAAGGAAUUUUUUUCAAUAAAAAAUGCAAUAUUGAGAUAAACAUGUUUAAAGUUUUGAGUGGUAGAAAAUCAUAAAUAAUUUUACAAUACUUUUAAUCUUAAUGCCUGCACCAUACAAUUGGCAUUCCAGAUUAUCUUCAUGCAGUCAUCUUGCCUCUUUUACCCAGUCAGGGAACGAUUAUCUCCAGGCACAUUUCAUAGUUGUUCGAUUGAUUGACUCAAUUCUUUACUCAUGGUGAUUCUCAAUGGUCUUCUUCGAGAUGUAUGUGGUCUGUUGAUGUUGCAAAACAACCUUUUUUUCUUCUCUUCUCACUGUACACCACUUUAUCAUUAAUUGUAAAAACAAAUCAAUAAUAACUCAUAGAAAAAAAUGAGAGGUCACAGAAGUAUUGAGUCUAAACUCAUCAAAGACUAGUCAGGACAUAAAUAUUUUCAAUGACAUCUGCAAUAGUUCACAAAAAGGAACUUGCUGCGGACCAGAAGAUCUACUAAAAUUCAAAAACCAAGUACUCAAAGAUUUGUCCUGGCAAAAUUUUUUGACCAUAAUUUUUGUCCAUUUAAAAUGAAAACAUAAAAAUCGAUUUUUCUAAAAUUCCAGGAGGGCCUAAGGUGUUAAAUAAUAUGUGUAAUUUGUAUAUAUUAAAUAUUUGUUCUAAUUUAUGUUAGAAUAUAUGUGAAAAAUGUGAAUUAUCACCACUAUUAUGAUUUUUACAGCAUGAAGGCCAAGCUUAAAAUGUACAAAUGUUUGUUAUUAUAGUUUGAGAUGUAUGAAUUGUUUUAAAUACAAAUUUAUAUGGAAUAAAAUGUUUAUAUAAA